CGUGGUGGACGAAGUAUCAUCGACUCAGCCAUAUUGGAUUAUUGGAUGUCUCUGUUACACAAGGGCUCAAAAGUAGCCGUGAAAUUUUCUCAUAAUCCUCGACGAAAAGAGGAUACAGGACGCAAUGGAGGCCACGUAUAGUAUCACUGUUCAUAAUAAGUACAGCUUGGCCCUGGAUGAGGAUGAAGAUCCCCUAGAAGUGCUGAAAAUUCGCGAAGCAGAAAAGGAGGCGAAGAAAAAGGAGAAGCUCUCUGAAAAGGAGAAUAAGUCGAAGCAACCUGAGACCCAGAAGAGUGCCGGCACCAAGACUCAGAAAAUUCGCGUUAUUAAAGAUGUUCAGCAACAAGCUCCGAAAAUCCAGGAAACCAAGAAGGACCAAGCUGAAAAGAAGCCUUCUCAACCGAGAACCGGAGGCGAUCGUAACUUGAAGUCCUCUGGUGAAUCGAGAGAAGAGCGCAACAACAGGCGUAAUCGUGAAGAUGGUGAAAGACCACAGCGCAAUCAAAUGGACAAUAGACGUGGACCUCCUGGCGAACAUCGUGAGCCGCGUGAACAACGCGAGUUCCGUGAGCCUCGCGAACCGCGCGAACCACGCGAACCACGUGAACCACGUGAGCCUCGUGAAUUUCGUGGUCCUGGAGAUCAUUCGCGCCCUGAUUUUGGUGACCGUCGCGGAGGACGAGGAGGAGGCGGUUCUCGUGGAAGUGGAAUGAAUCGCGGACGCGGAGGAUCACGUGGAGGACGUGGUGGCUUCGACAAUCGCGGUAAACGAGAAUUCGAUCGGCAAUCUGGUUCAGACAAAACGUAUGGUUACAGUGGAGUGAAACCAGUUGACAAGAAGGAUGGCGCUGGCAGCCAUAACUGGGGAACCCAUAAUGAUGAAAUUGAAGAAAGUUUGAACCAGGAAACAAACCAAGAUUGGGAUACUGAUAAGCCGGAAAUUGAUUUGUCCACCCCGGCCACUGAAGCUGGCAAGGAGGGUGAAGUUGCUAAUACCUCGACAGAGGAAAAACCAGUUGAGGAGGAAUCACGGGAAAUUACAUUGGACGAAUGGAAAGCGAAACAAGGAACACGUGCCAAGCCACAAUACAAUUUGCGUAAAGCUGGUGAAGGUGAGGAUUUGACACGCUGGAAGAAAAUGUAUGCUCUCGAGAAAAAGAAGGAAGGCGAGGAGGAGGACGAAGACGACGAGGAGUAUGAUGCUACUGAUUAUCCGCAACGAGUUGGCAGGCAGAAACGCGUUUUUGAUAUUGACAUCCAAUUCAGUGAUAAUCGACGUGGUGGCAGUGGAGGUCGUGGUCGCGGAGGUCGUGGAGGACGAAGCGAUCGUGCCAAUGGUCGUGGUUUUGGUAAUCGCGGCGGAGCUCCAAGAGACAACGCUGACACUCGAGCUCCAGUUGUAAGUUUCGAGGCUCCUCAAGCGGAACAACGAUCGCCUCGUGGACGUCAAAAUGCUCCAAAAGUCGAUGACGAGCAUGACUUCCCAUCAUUGGGAUAAGGUUCUCCUUCAAAGUCCAUGAGCAGUUAUGUCAUUAAAAACAUUGCAAGAUCUUGAAACUACUAUUAUUGCUACAGCUCUACUAUUCCUCCCACUGCUACUAUCGACGGUUUCACAUUCAUAACAUCGUUAUUAAUGCAUAAUACAGUACACUUUUCGCAGAAUGAGAUACGUAAAAUUGGCCUCGUUUACACCCCCCACCCCCCCCCCCCCCCCUCCCCCAAGUCCCCCUUUUGUCAUCAAUUCGAGAUAGAAUUGAGUUUCUUACCAAUUUAAUAUGUAUAAAGAAUCGCUGUACGUCAUUAAUUAACAUUUGACAUCUGCUCAAAAGCGCCAUCUUUGAUCUCUUGUACUCUCUGAGUCAGAAAAAAAAGAAGAAAAACCGUUUUGUGCAAACUGUAUCUUGCGAGUAAAUUACGUCUUCGUCUUGUCAUUUCUUCCGAGAUAGAAACAACGAUAACGGAAAAAAUAGAGACAACACUCUGUCCUGUAUUGACAUUUUUUUUUUUUUCCUUUUUUUUUAAAUACAGCUUUAUAGAACAGUUGGUGUUGUUUUCUCGGAAAUUUGCCUACUCUACGAUUUUUUUUUAGCGAAACAAAUCAGAAAAUUAUUUUUUUUUUGUUUCAAACGGAAAACAGAAACUCUGAGUUUAAUUUCAGUCCUAGGAGAGAGAGGCCUUUUUUUAAUUUACACGCGCAUCGUGUACAUAAAACAAGAAUAAUGUCACCUAGGAAUUUUAUCAGUUUUUUUUUUUUUUUGCUUCCAUUCUUUCAAUUAAUUUUUACGGAAUUCUCAAUUCUUACAUUGAAAUUAAGAUUCAAUUUCAAUUUUUUUUUACAAAUUCUUUUUAAUUGAAUUCUUAGAAGAAGCUUUAAAAAAAUGUGUUUUACGCGAUUUUUUGGGUUUUUUAGAAAAAAAAUUCACUUUUUUUUUAAAAAAAAUUAAGUGAAAAAAGAAGAUUUUCGUAAAGUUGAAACUAUUUUUACUCGCGUGUUGUUGAAUCUGCUCACGUGAGUUUUUACAAAUAUAUUCGAAAAAAAAAGAAAUGAAAACUGAAAUCUUUGGAAAUUCUUAGAUAUACUAAGUUUUUUCGGCUUGUAUUAUAUGAAUACAAUUUUUGUUAGGGACUUUAUAUUAUUUUUUUCCUCUCGAGAUUUAACUUUGAGAAAAUUCACAUCUGUUGUAUGUGCACGAAUAAAAAACGAACCAUUGACUUAGUUUUACAUUUUUACAGAUUCUUAAAUAAAAAAAAAAAAAUUUAAUCCGAUGAGGAACAGAGAGAAAUAAGGAGAAAGAGAGAGAAAGAGUGUGUGAGAGAGAAGGAGAGUAAGAGAGAGAGAGAGAGUGAGAAAGACAUCCAACAAUAUUGAAACAUGUACAUUGUGCAUCGAUGGUCAUAUUCUUGAUUAUGAGCUACUUUCUUAGUUAUUUACUAUGAUUGUUAUUUUUUAAAGUAAAAAAAAAAAAAAAGAAACGUAAAAAAGAAAACCACCAAAAAUUUUCACGCCUUCAUCAUAAAAAGGAUGAUGUUACGAUAUUUGAAACUUAGGUAUAUGUGUAAAUAACAUAUUUACAGUAAUAAAUUGUGACAAGACUAGCUAA